AUGUCGAUCGCAGCUGGAGCUUCGCUUGAUAUUUAUCAUUCGAUGAGUAAUAAACAGCUCGUUUCCAGUGCGAUGGCGACGCUUCAAGAAAUCUUCAAAGAAAACACGAGCCCAGAGCCCCUGAGCUUCCACAUUACACACUGGGGAAAAGAAGAAUACUCCCAUAUGAGUUAUUCGUUUAUCAAACUCGGUUCAACCGGAAAAGACUACGACAAAUUGGCGGAACCAGCUUCCGAUCGAUUAUUUUUCGCUGGAGAAGCCACCAAUCGGAGUGACAGUCCCUACUUAUCCGGAGUUCGCGAAACAGCGAGAAUUUUCAAGCUAGAACACAAGAAACUCAACCCUGAUUCGAAAUUCUACGGCGACUCGAUUUUCGAACAAACUUCUCUUCAUCCCGAGAAGCGAAAGAGCGAGUCAAUCAACCAAAAACCGCCUUCAAAGAAGAUUGAACGACGAAAAUCCGAGCCAAUUCCGACCAUGUAA